AUGGCCGAAGCUGCACUUCACACUGAGACCACUUGCAAGAUUAGACAUGUACACAUCGAAUGCCCAAUCUGCUUGACUCGGUUCAUCGAUCCGAAAAUCCUGGACUGCCAGCACAGCUUCUGCUUAAAAUGUCUUCAGGAACUUGUAGACAAACAGGAUCAGAAGACGGGUUUCAUCAUUUGCCCAGUGUGUAGAGAGAAAACUUCAGUCCCAGAUAAGGGACCAUCGGCUCUUCUCAACUGCUUUCUUUUGAGCUCGCUUAUUGAUGACGUCAUCAAUCCGAAUAGUCCCGAGGUGGACAUUAACCCUCUUGUCUCGAUUUGCGAAGGAUGCGACGAAGGUCGUGAUGCCGUCUCACGGUGUGUUGACUGUGAUGCGAAUUUUUGCAAGAUUUGUUUGGAAUACCACGGCAAAAUAAAAUUGAACAGGGAUCAUCGAGUCGUUAAUGCAGCCGGGUCGUCAAAUGAGGGAUCCAGAGACAACAACAAAACUUGCUUUCUAAAAUGCCGGAAACACACUGACCAGGAACUGUGUUUUUAUUGCGAUACGUGUGACUUACUUGUUUGUCUCAAAUGUGUGGUAUUUGAACACAGAGCGCAAAACCACAAACUCACUGAAAUCAAAGACUCCAUUCGAUCUUAUCGUCAAGCUGUUAAAGAGGCAUUGAUGAAGUUUGAUGAAUGUCGCAAGCAAUUUCAAAAAGUAGAUGACUCUAUCAAACACUCACAGCAUAGAUUACAGCUCAUGGUCGACCGGGCUCUUCAAGAUAUUGUGGCUAAGGAGGAAGAAGAAGUCAAGAAAAUCAGAAAAGCAUCUCGCCUCCUUCAAGAAAGAGUCACUCAAAUCUGCACAGAGAGAGGUGGGCAAUUCGGCAGCAUACAGAUCAGCAAUAGCGAUAAGAUAAGCCGCGCAGAGCAGAUCGUAGCUUCAGUCAACGACUUGAUGCAUCAUGCUGAUGACUUUGAGCUACUGGACCUCAAGCCAAAGGUUAUGCACAACUUGACAUUCCACAAAGAGCUCCAGUUUCAAACAGUGCAACAUAGCAAAUCAUUCAUCGGGUUCAAAGGUCAUGAUGUCGUCUCUGAUGCGGAUAUCGGUGAAAUACUAGAGGAAGAGAAGUGGGAGGUGAAGACAGAGUUUGGUAAAGAAGGGGAAGGUGAGGGGGAGUUCAAAAUGGCAUUUGACGUUGCUUGUUUUAGCAGCAAUGACAUCGUCGUUACUGAUGUUGAACGGCGGAUAAUAUCAAAAUUUACACCGAGUGGUAGUUGCAAAUCUCAAGGUGUGCAAAGUAGAACAGAAGAUGGACAACUAGAAAACCCUGGCGGUGUUGCGGUGACCUCUGAUGACCUGCUUCUGGUUACUGACGGACAGGAUGUAAAGGUUUAUGAUAGCGAACUGCGAUUUAUCCGUAAGUUCAGACCAUUACGGAAUGAAGUCGAGGGGCAGUCAGAGAGUAAACUCGCUGGUAUUGCUGUUGACAAGAAAGAUCGUAUUGCAGUGUAUGACGUUUGGAGAAAGGUAAUAUAUCUUCAAAACAAGGAUGGAUCCACCAUUUCCACAAUAAAGCAUGUUGCUAUUGGCUCCAGCUUUCUAUCUGUUAACAACAAGGAGCGACUGAUCUUUACAAACAUCUAUGAGAUGAAACUAGUUUGUCUGGAUUUCAUGGGAAACGAGGUGUUCAAGAUCAGCACCUCCGUUGACGGCAAACCUGUAAUGCCUACUGGUGUGUGUUGUGAUUAUGCUGGGGAUAUAUAUGCGUGUUUCUUAUGCAAAGAUGGUGAUGGUGAUGGUGAUUGUGAUAGUGAUGGUGAUGGUGAUGGUGAUGGUGACGGUGACGGUGACGGUGAUGGUGAUGGUGACGGUGACGGUGACGGUGAUGGUGAUGGUGACGGUGACGGUGACGGUGAUGGUGAUGGUGAUGGUGAUGGUGAUUGUGAUAGUGAUGGUGAUGGUGAUGGUGAUGGUGACGGUGACGGUGACGGUGAUGGUGAUGAUGAUGGUUUUGUUGCUGGUGAGAUACAUCACUACGAUGCAUCAGUGAAGCCGCUUAACGGAUCAUUGUUUCAAAGAGUCACUGGUCUCAAAGAUCAGUAA